AUGGCGUUGAAUUUGUUAAUGACGGCGUGGGCCUUUGCUGGCCUUGGUGCCAGUGCCAUAUGUCUUGAGAAGACGACGACGAUUCCGGAUGGAUGGCAGAUGGUUAAUGAAGUGCCGGAUGCUUCGACGCCAAUGCGAUUCUCAAUUGCUCUGCGACAACCUAAGAUGAGCGGACUUGCUUCCAGGAUUCUCGGGGAUAGUUUGUUGGGUGCGAGUGACAUCCAGGCUCUGAGAACACCGGCUCAAAAAGACGUCGACGAUGUCAUGGCAUGGCUAGCGAGCAAUGGCAUUUCCAACACCAAAGUUUACCAGGACUGGAUUCAUGUCUCAUCGUCGGUUGGCGAAGCUGAUAAGCUGCUUGGUAUGCAGCUUCGUCGGUACUCAUUUGACGGCAAGAAGCCGAUUCUCCGAACUACCGAAUAUAACAUCCCCGACGACCUUUCCAAUGCUAUCGAUUUCAUACAUCCCAUUGCCAACUUUAUGACCCCGGAACACGAGGUAUCAGUUGCACCACCAGUCUCCAAGGACCACAGCUUGAACCGCCGGGAUAUCGCCUGCUCGCCCACGACAACCCCGGACUGCAUCAACAAGCUGUACGGAAUCAACUAUACUACCCCAGAUGGGAAGUCUCCUAUCCGAUUUGGCAUUGCUGGAUUCCUGGAGCAAUGGGCCAGCUACGCGGAUACGGAACAAAACUUUAAGCGCUCGCGGCCAGACUUGGUAAAGGCUGGAUACAAUUUCACCGUGGAACUCGUUCAGGGCGGCCAGAACCCCCAAGGCCCUGGACAAGCCGGAUCAGAAGCCAACCUAGAUAUUCAGUUUGGCAUGGCCGUCGGAUUCCCUACCAACGUGGUGUACUAUUCCACCGGUGGUCGUGGUGAGAAGAUUGGCGAUGACGGCAAGCCCAUCACCGGCGAACUUGACGACAAUGAGCCCUAUCUUGAUUUUUUCCAGUAUCUGUCCGAGAAGCGGGAUGAAGACCUCCCGCACGUCCUGUCCAUCUCCUACGCGGACGAUGAGCUGUCCGUGCCCAAACCCUACGCCGAGAGAGUCUGCAACGAGAUUGGUAUGCUUUCCGGUCGUGGUGUUUCCGUCAUCAGCGGCUCGGGAGACGGCGGCGCCAGGGGAGGCAGAAACGCAACUUGCCGAACCAACGACGGCACAAACAAGGAAAUGACCAUCUCGACCUUCCCGGCCUCGUGCCCAUGGGUAACUUCCAUUGGUGCCACGGUCAACGGCCAGGAACCACCAGCGGGCGCGGACUUCAGCUCCGGCGGAUUCUCCAACUACUUCUCCCGACCGGAGUGGCAAGACUCAGCCGUGGAAGAGUACGUUGCCGCUCUAAACGGCCACUUGGAGGGCUAUUACGACCCCAAGAUGCGUGCUACGCCGGACAUAUCUGCCAUAGGCACACAAUUCAACACCAUCAUCAACGGAAGUCCUCUCAUGCUUCAGGGCACAAGCGCCAGCACCCCCGUUUUCGCUGCCAUGAUUGCCCUGAUCAAUGAUGCGCGCGUUCGUCAAGGCAAAAAUGUGUUGGGCUGGCUGAACAAGAAACUGUAUUCUGAGGAGGUUCGCGCCGUUUUGCAGGAUAUCACGACGGGCGAGAGCUUGUCGUGUGUGUUUGCUGAGGGCAAGACGCCGGGAGGUUGGCCUGCUAAGAAGGGCUAUGAUGCGAUUACUGGUGUUGGUGUGCCGAAUGACUUUAACAAGUUUAUGGAGGUUUUGGUGGGCAUGUAA